UUUCCAUAGUGGCUGCACCAUUUCCCAUUUCCGCCAGCAAUGCACACCGUUCCAAUUUCUCUAUAUCCUCGCCAACACCCGUUAUUUCUGUUUUGAAUCAUAGCCACCCUUGCAGGUGUGACGUGACAUCUCUGCGUGAUUCUGAUUUGCCUUUCCCUGAUCACCCUCAUUUCAAAGUUGAGAAAACCGAGGCUUAGGAAGAGUAACAAGACCAUGCAAUUUCUAGCAGGCCUUACACCCUGAAUCUGGAUCUUGUGGCUCCUAGUCGAGGGCUCUCUGAAAUUUCCCAAAGCAGUGCUUUUCCGUGUGUGAUGUCUUAGGGUGCAGAAAACCUGAAAGCUGUCGACAGUGACUUGUGGUUGUCAUUGGGCUAGGAGCCUCUGGGGAAGCAGACCAUCAGCGAUGGGCGUGUCCCUGCCACCUGGGGGCCUGCCGGUGCCCCGCCCCACCCAGAUGCUGGCCGCGGCACCGAGAACCUGCUCGAAGCUGCACCAGAGCAGGGGCAACAACCCGGGACAGGACUGGAUGGCCCCCCAGACCUCAUCCCUACUCCUGGGCAGAAGGGGGCAGCUCACCCUGACCCCAGCGAGACAUCAGUGGACACACAGCAAGCCAGGCGGCCUGAGGACCCCGGAGAGCCAGUGUCACCCAGGGUUCCGGAGUCUGAGGACAGAUGUCAAGUCAGACUCGCCCCAGAGCACAGCUCACCCCCCGGGAAGAUGACAGCGGCUCAGCAUGACUUCGGCAACACUCCAGCAGCCCCAGAAGCCAACUCGCCCAGGAAGGCAGCUCCCCACAGGGGAGGACCCGAGGCAGACGGAGCGUCUCCAGCUAGUACCGUCCUGUCCCGAGACCUCACGUCCCAGGAGGAGAGACAGAGAGUUCCCGGUAACCACAGCAAGACUCUGCAAACAGGAGUCCUCGUUCCUGAAAACUCCCAGGGCUCUGCUCUGCUCAAGGCAACAGACUCUGGGUCUGAGAGGGCCCCGCAGGCCAGCCCUACCCUGCCGUCCCCUGCUGACAAGGCUGACGGGGUGUGUGGCAGUGUCUUGGGCCACUGCUGCCCCAGAGAAAGUGGGGGCAGCCCCGUGACUGACAUCGACAGACUCAUCAAGGAGCUGGAUGCUUCAGAACCAGGACUUCAGUCUCCUCAGAAAGGGGACCGGCUGAGUCAAGAGGGACAUUCUCAGGGCCAGCCUCCAGCAGGAACUGGAAGCGGAAGUUCCCACGCUGCUGAGCCAGUCAUGGGGAACCAGACCCCCACCCCGAGGAGGGCCUGGGCAGCUGCUGGCCAGCCCCCUCACCCACAGUGGGCCUCCCAGCCUUCGGUUUUGGAUUCCAUUAAUCCUGACAAACAUUUUACUGUGAACAAAAACUUUUUGAGCAACUACUCUAGAAAUUUCAGCAAUUUUCACGAAGACAGCAUGUCCCUGUCGGGCCUAGGUGACAGCACAGAGCCAUCUCUCUCAUCCAUGUAUGGUGAUGCGGAGGACUCGUCUUCUGACCCUGAAUCACUCACCGAAGCCCCACGAGCUUCCACUGGGGACAACUGGUCACCUCCUUGUUCUCAGGGGUCUUCUCACAAGGAAGACACUACGGAGUCUGAGGAGGAGCAAAUCGAGAUUUGUUCUAAAGAUGGCUCCCCCAAUCCCCCCUCAACCACUGCUCAGGCACCUGUCCAGGCUGCAACCUGCCCUGUGUUGGCCAAAGUUCUGCCAUUAAAGCACAGUGCUCUGAGUCAAGUGGGAAAUCCAUGUGAGAGAGCGUCCUUUGUGCCAAGCACCUCAUGCCCUUCAAUUCCAAACUCUUCCCAGCCAUUUUCUCUCCCGGAUAUAAGCUCUCGGGAGCAUGAACUUCAUGCAGACAGAAGGAUAUUACAGAACCCCAGGCCCCCCUGUGAAGAAGAAACCAUGGAAGCCGCCAGCACCAGCUCAGCCGUGGAGAACGGUCAGCCUCCUAAAGGCGCCAGGCAUUUUCACAACCUCCCGGUCACUCUCAGCAAUCUGAACAUGGUAAAUGGUUUAGAACAUGACCUGCUGGGUGACAAAACCCCAAAUAAAAAACAAGAGACAAAUGUCAAUGAAGCUGAAAAUCGGUCUGCCUUCAGUGUGAAUGUCCCUAAGAAUGGAGAAUCCGUUUUGACGAAUCUGCACAUCUCCAAAAGUCAAGACAUGGAUGACGUGCUCCAGAAACCAAAAAUGAUCUCCAGGAGGCCCAUCAUGGCCUGGUUUAAAGAAAUAAAUAAAAAUAACCAUGGUAUGCAUGCACAGGGCAAAACUGAAAGGGAGCAGCCCGUGGUGCCCGCCAGAAGCUCUGACUCCAAAAGUCAGGGGUCAAGUUCCAGCCACAAAAAGGGGGUUGCUGGGCUUCAGAGCCCCCCUCAGCCAAAAGUGAGUCUGGAAAAUAAAGACCCACCUAAAAAAGGUUCAGUGGAAACACUUUUAAAUAACUGUCAGAAACCCAAAUCCGGUCCUAAGCUGAAGAGACUGAGCAUCAAAAGCAAAAGCAAAGUCACUUCGGAGGCCCCUGCUGCUCCUAUGGCCAAGGCUGGUGGGAUGGACCCCAGGAAACCCCUCAUUUCACCCCAGACCUCCCACAGAAUGCUCCCUAAGGGCGCGGCCCCCCGGUUCCACACAGCUGAGCACGAGGAGCCGGACAAGAAGGCCCCAGGCCCCCCCAUGCCCUCCCAGUGCGUGCUGGAGAGCUGGCCGCCAAAGCCCCCCACGUCCGAGGCGAGCAUCACAGCCUUCGUUUCACCCCACGCCUCCCCCAAGACUCUUCCGGAGCAAGGUGCGGGCCAUCGAUCCCAGGCGGCUUUCCACGCAGAGCCCGACAGAGCCCAGGCAGCCGCCGCCGCCUCUCCCCGCGGUGGACCAGAGAGCAGGGCGCCCCCUGCGGCCUCAGGGGGCAGCGCGUCCAGGGCCACAAACGGGCAGGAGGUGCCCCCUCCCGGGUCCAGCCAGCCGGAUCCAGCGCCAGAGGCCGCCCAACCAGGGGUGACUGGUGACAAAGGAAGCGAAGUAAUUGCUGGCGAUCCCCUAGAAAGAACCAACCAGCUGAAAAUAAUUGAAAUUUCUCGUGAAAGAAUGCCAAAGGAUGCCUGCGGUGACAAGCCGGCCGAGAGUGGCAGACUAGGAGGGUUCUGGGCCCAGAGCAACUGUCAGGAGAAGACUGAAAUCAGACCCUGUCACCCGUCACUGGAGCCGUCCCCAAAUCCUCCGUCGUCGCUCCCAUCUCGUGCCUCCCAGGUGGGGCAGGAAACCCAGCGAUCUUCCAGGAUGGCAAAACUGGCCUCUUCCUCCUCCUCCCCACAACUGCCUGCUAAAAAGGCAGAUUCCUCCCAGGGGAAGGCGAGCCAGGCGUCAGGCUCCCUAGGGAUGCCCAGGAAUGGCACAGCAGGGGGCCCAGCGCUAGAUGACCAUCCGUACUUCACGCCAAGACCAGCCACCAGGACCUACUCCAUGCCCGCCCAGUUUUCAAGCCACUUUGGCCGGGAGGGCCAUGCCCUGCACAGCCCAGGUCGCUCUCAUCGGGACAGCCAGAUCCCUGCAACGAGUGGGGGCCUCCUUGAGGCCAAGGCCUCCAGAGGCAGUGUCCUUGGCCUGGCUAACGGACAGGGUGUGUAUAGCGUAAAGCCCCUUCUGGAGACAUCGAGGAACCUUCCGACCACAGACGAAGGGGAUGUCCUUUUGGUGCAAGAAAGGAGCUGCCUAGUCACAGACAAAAUCAAAGUCAGCAGAAGACAUUACUACCCUGAGCAGAACUAUGAAUCUACCUCAUUUUUCUCUGUGAAGCAGAGGAUCAAGUCUUUCGAGAACCUGGCCAAUUCUGACCGGCUGGUGGCCAAGUCUGGGGCGUCCCCCUUUUUGUCAGUAAGCUCCAAGCCUCCCAUUGGGAGACGGUCGUCUGGCAGCAUUGUCUCCGGGAGCCUCAGCCACCCUGCUGACCCCACAGCGAGGUCACUGAGACGCAGCCUGAGCUCCUGCAGCGAAAGCCAAAGUGAAGCCAGCACGCUCCCCCCGCAAAUGACCAAGUCCCCGUCCAGCACGACGCUGACGGUCUCCCGGCAGAACCCGGCGGGAGCCGGUAGCAAGGGCCCUGACUCGGCCCCAAAGAAACCACUUGGUCCUUCUGGAAGUCCCACCCCAGCUGCGGCUCCAACCUCUCCCAGCAAGAGGAACAAGUCCUCGGUGCGCCACAGCCAGCCCUCGCCCUUACCCCGCUCCAAGCUCCAGGAGCUGCGAGCCUUGAGCAUGCCCGACCUUGACAAGCUCUGCAGUGAGGAUUUCGCAGCAGGGCCCGCCGCCGUGCUCUUCAAAACGGAGCUGGAAAUCGUCCCCAGGAGGUCGCUUGGCUCUCCCGCUGCAGGCCUCAGUGGGUCCACUGCCCUUUCAUGCCCCAUGAAGCGGGGGGACUGGGCCUGUCCAGGAGGAAGCAGCCCUAAAGCCAGUGAGCCUGGGGCACCCAGUUCAGCCCAUGAUGUGGGUGAAACCCCCCAGGAUCUGCCUUCUGGAAAAGGCUGGUCGGUUAACUUGGAUCAGCUUCUCAUCUCAGCAGGGGACCAGCGAAGACUGCAGUCUGUUUUAUCAUCAGUGGGGUCCAAAUCGACCGUCCUAACUCUCAUUCAGGAAGCGAAAGCACAAUCAGAGAAUAAAGAAGAUGUUUGCUUCAUCGUCUUGAAUAAAAAAGAAGGCUCAGGUCUGGGAUUCACUGUGGCAGGAGGGACAGAUGUGGAGCCGAAACCAGUUGUGGUGCACAGGGUGUGUUCUCAGGGGGCUGCUUCUCAGGAAGGGACUGUGAACCGAGGGGAUGUCCUUCUGUCCGUCAAUGGCGCCUCGCUGGCUGGCUUAGUCCAUGGGGAUGUCCUCAAGAUUCUGCACCAGGCACAGCUGCACAGAGAUGUGCUCGUGGUCAUCAGGAAAGGGAACGAUCGGCCCAGAGCCUCCAGUGGGCAGGAAGCCAGUGGGAAGGGCGCGCUCUCCAGGAAGGCCAGCCCGCUGGAGCCAGGUGUAGGGAGAAGCGUACCUUCACAUGAUGCGCUGUGUGUCGAAGUGCUGAAGACCUCUGCUGGGCUGGGCUUGAGUCUGGAUGGAGGAAAAUCCUCUAUGGCUGGAGAUGGGCCCCUGUUCGUUAAAAGAGUAUACAAAGGUAACGCCCUAGAAAAGCCAGUCGGCUGUUUUCUGUGUAUGACUGUGCCUUCCCUUUGGAAAAUGUUUUCAUUCUCUCUCACAUACAGGGUGUACUAUGUGUCAGCCCUGUUGUGUUUUACAUGUAUGAACUCAUGUUGCUCCCCCCCCGCCGACAAUCCUAUUAUCCCUGUUUCACAAAGGAGAGAGUGUGCCACAGGGGAAUUACACAAGCACCUAAGGUCACACACACAAGUGACAGAACAAGGCUUGAACCCAGGCAGUCCGGCUCCAGGGUCUGUGUCCCUAACCUCCAUACUAGAUCCCUAACUCCGUGUUCGUAACUAGUAUUAGCUGUAACUCAUGUAAACAUACCAAGUUAAUGCCAUCAAGAAUUGCCAGCCAGGGGUAAUUAACAUUGACCAAGAUUGUAUUUAUUUCAAAUUGCAAAUACUAGACUUCAGGAAGGUAAGAUGAGAGCAGUAAAGAUCGUUGAAGUAUGUGGUAGAUACAAGGUCUCUUUAUGAACUUGAAUAAUUAUUUUAUGAUCUUGGACAGUUCUCAAAAAUCUCUUCAAGUUCCUGAGCUACACAAUUAUAUUCAAAAAGUAUAAUUAUACUGGGGCACCUGGGUGGCUCAGUUCCUAAUCUCAGGGUCGUGAGAGUGAGCCCCCUGUGGGGCUCCAUGCUCAGCGGGGAGUCUGUGAUUCUCUCUCCCCCUCUGCCGCUCGCCCCCAGCUCUCAACGCGCGCUCAUUCUAACUUAUCUUUUAAAAAGUAUAAUUAUACUAAUAA